AUGAAUUGUCACGCUUGGGAUUCUCUGAAUAAACUUCUGCGACUGCAGUUACCAGACCUCAAAGACGACGAGGCAAGUCCAUUUUUCAAUAAAUUAACAAACGGAAGAAAUUUUGUAAAACGUUUUCCGCCUUCGUCUAGGUAUGCUAUUGUGGAGCAGCAGCUUACGGAGUUCUUCCUCGCCAAUAUCGAGAUGCGCGUUAUUGAGGCGCUACUGAUGACUCAGAUCUCGCAGGGCUUGCGCAUUCCCGUGCGUUUUACAGAUUUGACCCAACUCUCGCCGAACGAUGCCUACACCGUGCUCUCGUUACGUCAGCGUGCUGAUAUCGAGAGCCCUCAUAGCGAAAUUCGACCUGCGGAUAUGGAAGUUGUAGACUUUGAAACGCACGAUGCCUGUGCUUUGCUGCAAGUUAUCUACUCUGACCCCUCCCUGAUUUUGACAGACGUCUCUCGCCGUCCCACCAAUAUUAGCACCCGCCUGCGAUCCGCCAUCACUGACAGUCUUGGUGUCAAAUCCACCAAUGCCAGGGAGGUUCCCGUUGGACUGGCGGUGACCUUACUGUGUUCUGGAGGACCCACCUCCAGCACAGAUGCUGGGAUCCUGGUCAAAAGUUCAACCGGCCAAGUAACUCCUGCCAACUCGGUAGUGGUCACGUUGCCCGCUUCUUCUCUGAAAAUCUUAUUUUGCGACGACCCGGAGGCUGAACUUCGGAAACACGACUUACAGUCGCGCAACUGUGACAUCACAAGCUCUCAACCGCUCCUCUCCUUGUAUCUGCCUCACCAAUUUCGUUUGGCCGUCGUUGACUUCUCCUCUCCGCAGCCUCUGCCUGGCCGUCUCAGCACACAGAGUGGUGAUAAAAUUACGCAUUUAGGUAAGACGAAGGAAGAUCAGGGUGCUCGGACUAUCACCGUGACCCUGGUUUACCCCCGGCCCUGGUGGCGUGAACGCUUGGCCGAAAGCCUUCGCAACUGUGCAGACUCGGAUCCUUCUCGUUGGAUUGUGGACGAACCGAAGCCUGAACCACAGUCAGCUGGCGAGCCACUGGAUGCGAUUGGAGGGCAGACCGCAGUUCCGGAGCUGUUUAGCAUUCUGCCAAAAAGCCGCAAUGAGCGUGGUUUUUGUCAUACAUUUCGGGACUUGAAACCUCAAUUAACUGGAGAUGACACCAUAGGCCUUCUGCAGACCCAAUUAUUUGGAUCGGCGGCUGAAAAUUGGUGGGAUGCCGGCGCACAAAAGAUUGCGAAUGAGGUGCAUUGUCACCUUGCCCGAAAUCUCUGCUCCUUCGAGGGUGGUGCCGCAACCGACACCCCCGACCUCCUCACCUUCAAUGUCUCCAAAUGGGCCUUGGAUGUCAGCACACCUACGAAUAACCUUGAACCCCAGUUGGAGGUCAUCUCGAAGGACGACAUUCUCGUGGAUGCCCGUGUGCCUGUCCUGAUCUCCCCUACGACAAGGCGUACUGAUGUCCGACGUGACGUCUCAGACCUCCUAAGCAACGAAGUCGCCACCGGCCUUGAUCUGGCCGAGUUGGCCCUCAGCAGACCGCCCUUCCAAAAGGGUUCUACAGCCCACAACAACAGUGACGUCGCCUUUGAGAAGUGGUCCUCUCGU